AUGUCUUCACCGAUCGCAGCCUUACCCGCACCGGAAGGUUAUAUCGUGAACUUUGACAAUCCGGCACGAUAUGAAGAUAUAACUGGAUAUUGGGUUUUUGGCGUCGGAACCAUGUUGAGUUUUUCAUUCUUGUGCAUGAGGAUUUAUACAAAAGCGGUUGUUUCGAGGAGUUUUGCUGCUGAGGAUGUUUGUUUGAUAUUGGCUUGGCUUGCGGGAAUUAGUGUGCAGGUGCUUUUUGUUUUCAUGUGGCUUCACAAAGUAAUGGGUGUACAUGCGUGGGAAAUUCCCAUUGAAAGAUAUCAUUUAUACGGCAAACUGAUUAUGAGCUCGUCAGUCAUCUACGUAGCCUGUCUCGGCUUAUCCAAAUUCUCCCUCCUCCUCUUCUACAACCGUUUAUCCCCCGUUCAAUGGUUUCGCAACGCCGUUCAUUUCCUCAUGUUUGUAGUUGUGGGCCAUAGUUUCGCACUCAUUUUCGCACUGAUCUUCCUGUGCAAACCACUCGCUAUGAGUUGGGAUUACAAUAUCAUAGACGGAACAUGUAUUGAUCGCACCGCGAUAUUUAUCGCGACGGCUGCGUUGAAUGUCGCGACGGAUGUUGCGCUUCUAGCGUUGGUCGUGCCGAUGAUUGUGGAUUUGCAGAUGCCGAGGAUUCAGAAGGUCGGCUUGAUUGUGAUUUUUUUGGUUGGGUCGCUGACUUGUGUAACGAGUAUGAUUCGUUUGAAAAUUAUGUUGCCGCUUCUCAUGGCUCCGGAUCAGACGUGGGCUGUUUCGGUUCCUUGUAUAUGGAUCAUCGUAGAAGCAAACCUCGUAACCAUCUGCGGCUCCUUCCCCAUCAUCCGGCAAUUCGCCCGACACGUUGCGCCAGGCUGGAUCGGCGAAUCCACCAUCAAUUCACUAGAAAACUCCGGUUCGCGUCUCUGCGAUCUCGAAACCAUCGGACAGAAAUCGUCGAAGAAGAAGAAGUUUAGAUAUGGAAGCGAGUCGUGGGAUGAUAAUGAGGCGUUGGAGUUGAAGCUGGAUGGGAGGGGUGUGGAACAUAGGGUGGAGAUUACGGCAAUUGGGAGAGUGGUGACGAGGGAGAGGGGUAGUGGGGAUGUGGAGGAUUAUGCGAUUCUACCGCAUGCGAGAUGA